ACUUCUGGAUUAAAUCAGGCAGCUUCUACUUCACCAUGUCAAGAAGUUUAACAGUUGUAAGUUUCGGUUUGGUCUUGUUGUCACUGCAAAAUGUAGCCGGACAACAAAGCUUUCCUUCAGACAAAGAUGUGCUUUCAAAACUUGCUGUCUUCGAGAAGUACAUUUACAUUGGCGGAGGGAAGAAUUUGUAUAAAUUGAAUGCUAACUUAGUACCUGAAGAAAUUAUACCAACGUGUACGUCAAACUGUACGAACAGUGUAAACCAGCUACUUCUGAUUAAUGAGAAUGAAAAGGAAAUUGUUAUCUGUGGCACUGGGAAUGAUGGAAAUUGUAGCCAGCUAGAUCUGAAUACAUUAGAUAGAAAAAAUAAAACUGGCAGUUUGAAAGUACCUGUAGAUCCUCAUUUUCCAGCAGUUGGCCUUGUCACUGAAGAUCACAAAGAUUUGAUGGUUGCUCGCUCAGUUUGUGGCAAUAACACAUUCUUAAAAAAGGAUGAAUAUAUCAUAGUCAUUGCAAGUUGGAAGUUUAAAACCAUGAACAUACCAGAAGGUGUGAAUGAAAAUGGUACAUUGAAGUAUUUAAAACUAAAGACAUCUUCAUCAGGAGGUCCAUCAUUUUGCAUUAAGUAUCAACAAGUUUUAGAAGAUAGUGGUUUUUCUUACUUUUUUACAAAUCAAAAUAAGUAUAGUAAUACCCAUGAUACAGUUUCAAAGGUAUCAAGGAUUUGUCAGAAGGAUGAAUACUAUCAGACAUAUAUAGAUGCAGAAAUCGCUUGUCAAGUCGGAGGAAAGAGUUAUAAUAUUUUGACUGAUGCUGUGCUUGUAAAUGGAAAAGUGUUUGCAUCAUUUUCAAAGUCAGAUGGACUUUUUGAAAGUGUUAUUUGCUUUAAAGACAUACAGCAGUUAAAUUCUUCUUUAGUUAAUGAAAAGCUAGAUUUUAUUCUUGGAAAUUGUACUUUUGAUGGAACACAAAGUUAUCUGGCUUAUGAUGACAAAUUUCAAGUGUGCGAAAAUCCACAAAAUUUGACUGAAAUUACUUCACCAGAGUUCACCUGUGCUGAUAUACCAUAUGAAACCACUCAUAACUACACGCGUGUGAUUGGAAAAACAACAAUACCAUUCAACUAUAGUGAUACCAAUGUUGAAGGAAAAAUCACAAAAUUGUUUACAACAACUGUCAAUCAAAAAUCAAUUUUGUUAGCUGGUACAGAAUCAGGACAUGUUAUUCAGUAUUCUGUCUUAGAAGAUGGCUCGCUGCACAAAUAUGAUACUAGUAGUGUACCUAUUAGCAGCAGCAGGGAAGACAAACACAUUCGUGACCUCUACCACUUUCCCGAUGGUGAUGCCUUAUAUGCACUAACAAAUUCCAAGAUCUCCAAAAUAAGUCUGAGAUCUUGUUCUGAGAUUGGCGUAUCCGUGUGCACACAAUCUGAAAUAAUGAAGUUGAAAGACCCUCACUGUGGUUGGUGCGUUUUCAAAAACAAGCUCUCAAAAAAGUCUGAAUGCAUACACAAAUGGAUUUCAUCUGUGGAUGAGUGCAUUACACUUUCUAUAAGCCCACAGGGAGUAAAAGUUGGGGAAAAUACUAUUGACAUUGCAAUAACCUCCGACUCCCUCCCAAAUAGGAAUUUUACAUGUGCAAUUGGUGACAUCCCAGGCAACAAUGAGAUGGCUGGAGUAAAAAACCACACAUGUUCAUUAAAUGUGUCAAAAUUUUCAGCAAAUCAUAAAAUCACAACAAUUCAACUGUAUGAAGAAACAGGAACAUAUCUUAUUGCUGAAGCACCUUUUCUAUUCUUCAAUUGCUCAGUGUACAAGAAGUGUAGUCAAUGUGUUAGAAAAAAUGGAGCUCAAUGCUCGUGGUGUCCAGUACAAGGUGUUUGUGUUGAUGAGGGGGAAAAUUGCACAAACGAAGGAGAAUCUUGGAUAAAUUGGCAGGUUAUUCAGGUCGAUAUGUGUCCAAUAUUGAAGAACAACAAUAUGAAUUUAUAUAUUCAUAAUGGGCAACAAACAACUGUAGAAAUUAAUGUGGAAAACCUUGAACAUGUGGAAAAUAUAUCUGCGAUAAAAGCUAAUUUCUCUAGUAAACCACUCGACACAUGCAAUUAUACAGCUUCUUCCAUUUCAUGCAGUUUGAACUAUGAGGAAACAGAAAUGAUGCAAGGGAAAAAAACAGUGCUCAUUAAUUUUUUUUAUCAGUAUAAAAACAAUCCCAACUCAAUGAGUGAAUUUGAAAAUGACUUUGAAAGUAAAGUGAUUGUCUAUGAUUGUGGUUGGCUCGGUACAAGAGGCUGCAACUUCUGUAAAGCGCUAUCUUGUAAUCGCUACAAAUGUCAUUGGAACAAUUCUACAAAGACUUGCGCUUACUCAAGUACAUGUGGUUGUGCACGGAAUAACAGUCAAAUAGAAUGUAAUCCUGUCUGUCCAGAACCAAUUAUAACUAAGAUCUCUCCAAAAGAUGGACCAUUCAAAGGAUUUGUUAAUGUUACAGUCAUGGGUACAGAAUUGGGAGAUAUAUCUCAAAACCUUAGUAAUAUAGAAAUAUCAGGAAAAAAGCAAGGCAGUGGAGAUAAUAAACCAUAUGGCUACUUAUGGGAUAAGCCGGAUGACAAAUCUGAUUUUGAUUUGCAAGUAAGAACUGGGUUUCUUUACUCUGCCAAGAGCCAGUCAACGGUGAACAAUAAACUGCUUAUAUUUCGUCUUGGAGAUCAUGAAUAUAUUUUGUUUGUUGACUUUCAACUUAAGAACUCAUCUUUGACCGAUAUUUUUCCAAAAUCAGGUCCUGAAGUCGGUGGCACAAGAGUUACACUUUACGGUACAAACCUAGGUAUUGGGAACAAAGUGGUUGAACGGAUACCGAUAGGGACAGAUGGUAAAGUGCAACCAAUAGGAACAAAUGCUGAGAAUUACACUGUUGAGUUUACAACAAAACAUGGUACAGGCACUCUUAAUAUAAAUUUUGACUUAAAUGGACACCGACUACACAAUCCCAAAGAUUUGAACUUUACUUAUCUUAAAGAUCCAGACAUUAUGGGAAUUGAACCGUCCAAGGCUUUUCUUAGUGGCGGAACUGUGAUGACUGUGACAGGCAAAGAUUUUACCAAUGCAAAUGUUGGAAAAAUUACUCUAGUUGUUGAUGGAGCCAAGUCAGCGGCAGAGUUCUGUGAGAUUACCAAAAACAGAACAGAUGAGAUGCUUUGUAAAAUCCCAAGGGCACCAACACAAGUUAAAGAACAAUUAGAUGAUGAGCCUUCAAGGAAGAAGCGUGCCGCAGACUGUGACGGAUGUGUUUCUGUUGAUAUCAUUAUAAGUUUGGAUGGUGUGGAGAAAAGCUUUACUCUAUCGUAUUACCAUGACCCGUCCAUUUACAAGUUUGGUGAUGGGGUAGUUCUUUUUUCAUCAGAAGAACAGUAUUUGAAAAUUAAGGGAGACAAACUGGAUCUAGUUGCAACAACGUCUGAUUUUAAGAUCACAAUAGGGGUCGAGGAAUGUAGUGUGAUAGAGGUUAAAGAUAGUUACAUGACAUGUAAAGCUCCGAGGACCCAGCCUAAACCGGAAAAGCCGGGACAAAGUCUUCCAGAAGUUAAGGUUUCAGUUGGAAACAUCCAUACAACUGUAGGAUACAUUCAGUACAAACAAGACCCUAACAUCCUUAUCAUUGCCGGAGCAUCAGCUGCAGCAGCGGUGUUUCUUCUUGUGAUGGUGAUAACAUUCUUUGUCUGCAAAUACCGAAAGGUUGGGUCAAAAGCAAGGGCUUUGGAAAAACAACUCAACAACCUUGAAUUGGAAAUCAAGCAUGUUGCAAAAGAAGAGUUUCUUGACAUGCAGACGUCAAUGUCGACAGUUAAUCGUAACCUUAUAGAGCAGGGAUUCCCCUACCACUCGUAUCAACAGUACGCGUGUAAUGUCAUGUUCGCUACCGACUAUCUGAUGUCAGAUCCUGUAGUAAGUAGUUACAAGAUGUCUGACGAACUGCGGGCUCGAGCGAGGACGGGAAUGGAACGUUUCCAAGGUCUGCUUGAGAACAAGUUCUUCCUCGUUUCCCUGAUAACGACCAUGGAGAAACAGAAACACUUCUUUAUCAAGGAAAAAUCCAAUUUUGCUGGCAAUCUAUGCGCCAUCAUGAUGGGACGUAUGGACUACAUGCAUGAAGUGUUACAAGUUCUGAUCACCCAAUUGGUUGAGGACCCUUCUUCCAAGAGAGGCGUGAAAUCAUUGUUCAGAAGGAGUGAGAGUAUCACGGAGAAGCUUCUGAGCAACUGGCUGUCCCUCUGUUUGUACCCUCACCUAAAGGAUCACACCGGUUCACUUCUGUACCUGUUGUACAUCGCCACGAGGAAAACGAUGGAGGCUGGCCCUAUCGAUGCUUUAACCAAUGAUGCAAAGUACACACUUUCGGAGGAGAAACUGCUCCGGAAAUAUCAAGGCUCGGCCACAGACGAGGAAACGACGGAUGUGAAGUUUGAGGCUAAAGCAUUGACAUUGAACGUAGUGGUCGACAAUGGAGAGGAAAUCUACCCAUGUAAAGCUCUCGACUGCGACACAGUUAACCAGGUGAAAGCAAAGUGUCUCGACCAGAUCUAUGUCAACUACCCGGCCUCGCAACUUCCCGUAGAUCCCACUGAACUUCUUCUUGAGUGGCAUGCCGGAUUCAGUGGACGUAUGAUACUUCGUGAUAAAGACAACACGUCCAAGCGUGAUGGUGAAUGGAUUCGUGUUAACACACUGGCGCACUACGCAGUGGCCGACCAAAGUAACAUGGCCCUCGUAGAUCCACGGAAUGCUGAGCUCAGUCAGCAGGAGGAUUAUGUGAACUUGGCACAGAUUGACCCUGGCUUCGAUGUCAACAGUAUGGGGUCAGACCAACCGUUGACGGCCGAGUGUUCCACUUCGCAUGACGAAGAAAACCCGAUGGAACUGAAACAGUGGCACUUGUUAAAGGAUGAUGAUGCAAACAAGAAGGAGAAAUCUGCCAUUGAUGAGCUGUACUUGAACAGGCUUAUCACAACCAAGUUGUCACUUGUGAAGUACAUAGAUGACUUGUUCAGCCUGGUAUUGGAAAGCAGCAAGUGUCCUCCGCCCGUCAAGUUCCUCUAUGAUUUCCUGGAUGAUCUUGCAGAAAAACAAAAAAUAGAUUCCGACACACUACAUGCCUGGAAAAGCCAUAGCUACUCCAUUCGCGUCUGGGCCAUGCUUAUCAAGACACCGUCAAUUCUGUUCGAUAUCAAUGCCCCGUCCUAUGUUUCGGAGAGUCUGGAUGUGAUCAGUCAAGUCUUCAUUGAGAGCUUCAGUCGCACGGAACAGGCCGUGUCAAAGGAAUCGCCAACUCAGAAGCUUAUUUUCCGAAAUGAGCUGGCGAAGUUCAGAACACAUGUUCAGGAGUUCUACAAAAAUGUCAAAGCGAACGUGCAGAAACCCGAUGAGCUAGGACAAUACCUGACAAGUAUUAACAGAAACCAACAGGAAACUACUUUCAACAAGAACGCAGCACUUUACAGAUUAUACGAGCAGAUCAAGCCAUAUACAGACGAGAUUCUAGACGACUUGUCAAUCUGCCAAGAGACCAGAUGUCUGCAGUUGAACAAGAAGUUAGAAGACAUAUUCUUUAUGAUGGAAGAAUAGAAAGGGAGUUUUUCAUAGGAAUAGGGCAAUAUUGAACAAAACAAAGAUAUUUGAUAUUAGUGAUUUCAGUUUAAAGGUGUUUGCACAAAUAGUUGGUUCAUUCAGUAAACAAGACAGCAUUCCUUUCAUGAUAAUUGUUAAUGCAUUUAUUGAAUUAUACAAACUAGAACGACCUUAAAGGCUAUCAUAAUUUUAUCUUCAUGACAUUAAAGAUGUAUAUACGUAUAGUUUGUGUAAAGUGAAGUUGUUUUUAUUACCCAUAAUGUACAUUGAAACGAAGUAUUAUACAACAAUUAUGUUACACAUAAAUAUUUCUGUGUAUAUGCAUGUUGAUAUAUUCAGUAUAUUGAGUUUUGUUUUAUAUGUAAUCAGAUUAUUGAUAAUAUGGAUUUAUAUAUAGAUUCUAUUGCAUUUAGAAAGUAUAUACAUAAUCAGUUUUUGUAUGAUAUCACGCAUAUGUAAUUAUAAAUUGUGUUAUUCACAUUUGUGUGUUUUUCAAAAGUGCUAGUAUAAAGGUAUAUUUGAUCAUCAAGCUUUAUGUAUAAGCAACGCUCAAUGUAUUCUCAAUUUUCUCUAUUUUUAUACUAUCAUUUGUGAUUGAUUUUGUAAUGAUAACUGUGUGGUAUAUAUAAUAAUAUUAUAUAGUUUAUUGCUCAUUUAUUAUAAUAAGAAGUGCCUUUGUCAACGUCCCAUAUUUAUCUUAUGUGUAUUGUUAUGUAUGCAAACAUGCCCUUGAUAUAUUUCUCCACAAACGUGUACAUUGUAUCUAUAUUUCCUUCGAUCAUUGUGGGUUAGACUGAUUGAUAUAUAUUAUCUAUUCAAUGUUUGGUAUUUUUUUAUUAAUUAUAAGUAAAUGAAUCGUGUGAACUGUAUCAGCUAUCUUGGAGUUUCACAAAAGUAGCUUCAUGUAUAAUUAAUUUUUAAAAAUCCGAUUCUUACAAAUCUGCUGAUAAAUUGCUGAUAAAAUAGAAAUUAUAUCUUUUACCAAAAAUAUAUCCACACAAAGCCUAACUUAUACUGCCUGUUCGACCUGGAUAAGGUUUUAAAAUCGUUUGAUCUCGAAUAGAUUUUGCCAAAACAUUUUUUCUGCAAUUAACAUGGACGAGUAAAUUAGUCCCAAUGGUCCAUAUUCAUCAAAACCCGAGUCUGAGAUUGAGGCUCACACUCACAAUAAUACAUCAUGUUCUUGGGUGUUUCUCACAAAGAGUUGAGUAUUGAAAAUGUAGAAUUUAUAACUUACACAGCAAAUUUUCAACAAGCUAUUUUGACAAUAAACUGGGUCCAUAAUGAUCAAUGUCUUGAGUCUGAAUUACAGAUUGUCUAAAGUACAUUCUAAAACUGCAUCAGAAGAGCAUUCGUUGUUCAAAGCAUUGACUAUUUUAUAAUGAACACAUUUUACAGUGCUAUAAACUUAUGAGUAAUAAUUAGAAUCUCAGAUUUAUUUUGCUUCUUAGACUCGGGUUCAAGACGUAAUUCACUAAAGGCCCAUGUAUGUGAACUUACAUUUUAGACUGUAUAUAAUGAUACUGUUUUCGAAACAUCACACUGUUCUCAUAUCUAUUGAAUAACAUCAUACAUAAAUAUAUGAUUGUGCCAAAUCAUUUUGAUAUCUCAAAUAUAUAUUGUUAGUUUAAAAACAGUUAAAUCAAAUGUGUCUAAUUGCGUACAAUGUAACUUUGUAUUAGAAUUCCUAGCCAUUCCAGCCAGCUUGCUUGUUUCAAAAUAUAUCGCGCUACAUACCAGAGCAAAGGCGCUACAUACCAGAGCAAAGCGGUCUACAGCUCAGAAUGAAAUAUUUGAAACAACGAUGUUAAUGUUAUGUUAUUCACUUGUUGAUGUGAUGACCUCUCUAUAAUAAAAUAUAUGUGGUAUGUUAAUUUCUCGUCAAAGUUCAUGAAAUCUUCACUAACUUAAACCUGGGAGUAAGAUUACAGGGAGAGGAAACCAAGCUUUACAUCAUGUAUUAUUGAUCCCAGCUUAAACGCACUAAGAAAAAGUAAUUGAAAAUAGAAAUAUUUUGAUCAUCAUUUUUUAUAUUUUGUUCCUUCAUUCUUUCUGCCAAAGUUAUCAAUUGCUUUACACAGAUUUUAUCAGAAUGGGAUAUACUUGUACUGUUGUGAUGCGGCGUCGUUUGCUGCAUCAUUGCGGCGUCAGUGUCACACACCUGUUCCCGAUCAAUAACAUUUCUAUUGUUGUGGAGUCCUUAUGUUUUUGGUAAAUGACCUAUUUAAUUUUGGGAUCAGUCAGUCAAAGGUCAAAGACAUGGUCACCUAAUUGAUAUAUGAUGGAUACCUUCGAAUGGCGACACAUCCAAUUUGCCACAUUCUUGAUAUAUACUACUGUUGAACAAUAAAUAUAUCUGUGAUUGUAAAUUCAAAUUAUGACUAAUUUCUAAUGCAUGCCAAAAUGAUGAUGAGAUUUUAGUUAAGUUUCAUUUUUUUGUCUGAAUGAAAUCAACGUUAAUAGCUUUUUGUAAUCGUUUGCAAUGAAGCUUCCAUUGAUUUGAUAAGAUGUAAUUGUUUAAGUGAAAUAACUUGCUAAAAUUUAUUGUUUACAUUUGUAAUUGUCAAAUAGAUUUCUAAAAUGAAAUUUUUGGAAUUGUUUGGAUGUAAUUUUGUAUUGUAUUUGUUUUGUUUUUAUGAUUUUUGCUUGACUGCAUUAAUCUGAACUGUUUGUUUAUUAACCUGAAAAUCAAUAUCGCCAUAUUGUAACAUCUUUACUGUAUUCAUCAUUUCGGAAUUUGCUUUGUUUGUUUACAAUACAUAUUUUUAGCUUUAAUAUGCGAAGAAUUAGGAAGAAUAAGGAAAGUUAUUCUAUGCACUCUAGAGUUGGUGUCACCCACGCCUUCGGUGUCACACCUUGGUUAAGGUAAUGCGUGUAAGCACAUUAAACUCAUUAUCUCAGCAAAUACAUAAUGCAUUGCAUUUAAACUUUAGAUAUGUUCUCCCUACCAUCCCUCCCACUUCAUUAAUUGAAUUAAAAGGAUUUGCGUGAAGGACACUUACCGGUAAGUCAAUAUCACAUAGCCAAAUACAUCAUGUAUUGCAUUGAAUCACACAUGGGCUCUCAACCAUCUCAAUUUAUCAAGAUAGAUAACUCUAGCUGGUCUUUAAUAUACAUUUUGACCCUUGAUUAUAAGACUUGGAAAUUCUGGUAAAGGUUUUGCAUUUAAGUCUCAAUAACUGUGAUUCAUGCAUGUUUCAAUAUAACAUUUCAACCGUUCAAUGCGGCGGAGAAGUCGAGCGCGCUGUCCCUAUGACAACAUUUUUUUAAAUAAACAUCAGUCAAUUGUAUAGACCAGGAUAAUAUAUAAUAUCAAGAAUUUCAAUUUGAUAACUAGUUUAAGUCACGUUUUGAAUCGUAUAGGCUACAAGUUAUUAGUUUCGAAUUCGGUAAUAAAACAAUUCAGAAAAAACCAUUGAAGCGACCACACUCGUAUUACGUUGGUUAGAUGGCACAUUAUGCUAAGUGCUUGUUGUGUUUCACUCAUGUUUGUUUUUCGAGUAAUUCAGUGUGUCCUUUUUUCAGUUUUUUUCUUCUCGUUGAUGUCAGUUGUUUGAUUUCAAUAUAAUGUUCAAUAUAUUAAAACUUCGAGAGAAUUCCCUCUACUUUUAAUAUUUAUCCUAAUUGAAAAUAUUUAUCAAUGUUAUUUUUGUGCUUGUCUAACGGAUUUCUUGUUAAUUCUUAGAUUUAAAAGGGAAACGUUCAAAAACUGUUAAGCUAAAAAAAUGUUUUUUCAUUGUUGUUUGUAAAAAAAUAUCAUCACAUACCUCUGUACUUACAUAUUACUCUUUGCAAUAAAAGUCUAACCCAAAA